AUAACCGUGAUCAAAGCUUAUAUAUGCCAUUACAACAUGCUACUUUCUUUGGUAAAUAUUGGUAAUGGCUCAAAUUUUCUAUGCAUAAAAUGUAGCCUUCAUAGUUUGAUAUGUGAAUAAGUAGCUUCAACCAUUUGUUUGGCGUUAAAGUAGACCAGACGACUUGAUCAUUUUCAUUUCAGUCCAGAUUACAAUUUUACUCCGUACUGUCGUUUUUAGACUCAUUUUAUACGUUGAAUUUUCUGUUUUUUUAAACAAACUGAUUUUCAGAUAUCAAAAGUUUAUGGUUGCAAAAAACUGUCGUAGGAUCUUUCAUAAAUUAUUUGCAUUAAAAAUAUUAAUUUUUUCAAACCAAUAAUUGUUGAUUGUUCCAAUUAAUCCACGAUGUCAUAAAGAACACUCAAUUUAAGUCCAUAAGUUACUAUUAACAAGUUACCUUUCUGAUUUGAUCAAUAAAGUUUCUCCCUCCAAGUUAUUAGAACCACUCUUUCAUCCUAAUUUUACAAAAAAAAAUGGGAGAAACCUAUUCACGACUGGCAACAAACAACCCAAAUGUGCCAUUCUGCGUCAUCAGUUUCUACUGGGACCAGUUGAAUGUGUUCAAUGCAGAUGAACAGCUGGUUGGCCAAAUAAGAUCAUGUAUAAUGUACAAUUGGCCAAAGGGGAUUCAGAAAGAAAGCAGAGUGUCAGAUGUGAUCACAUUCAAGUUGAAAGGAAACCCUUUCUGGCCCCAAUCAUCAGACCACGCCCAGUUUGUCCACUUCGCCUGUAUUCUGCUGAAAGAACUGUCUAGAUCGGGAUACAUCAAAAUAAUGUCUUCGGAUGUGAACUGGUACUGUAGUUUGAGUGCGUGGUUCUUCUACAAGUCGCCUACCACUGUGGCGAAUGACAUAGAGUUCUGUGCCAUUGACAUGUGGGGCUGGGACAAGUUGAAGUUCUUCAACCUUCCUCCUGCAAUCAACGAGGCGAUGAAAUACGUGGUGUUCGAGAACUGGAAAGGAGUCCAACAAGCGCGUGUAGAAGACAAUAUCUUCACUAUGAAACUGAAAGGGUUUCCCUGGCAAAACCCAGGAGGAGAGGACGGGGUUCGAAACCGCUUGCUAAUUAUGAAGAUGAUACAAGUUAUGGCGAAUUACGGAUGGACACUAUAUUCUGCGACUAAUAUAGACGCACAGACAGAUACGAUGUUUUUCUGCCGAAAGCCCAAUUUGUACAUAUCGCCUAAUUUCACCCAAUCAAUGUUCGCAAUCAGUCUGAACCUAAACGACCGACUGCGGCUCAUGAAUUCGAACUCCCAGGUAGUCGACAUAGUUCGAGGAGUUGUGACUCAGUUUUGGUCGGAGAUCCAAGGGGAGCAAAAUCAUUUCGGAAGUCACGAAUUCAAGUUGAAAGGGUACCCUUGGUACAGUCGGGGGGAGCGAGGACUGCCCAGUGUUACCCUCCUGUGUCAGUUGUUCACUGCUCUGAGGAGGGUGGGGUGGAAAGUUAUCAUGAACUUAGACAUCAGCAGGAGCCAGACUGACAAGGGGGUGUUCUUCUUCAUAAAUAUGCCCCCCAAAGAGACCUACUAUUGUGCUGUGGGGGUGAAGGACUCCAAUCACCUGUACGCACUACACAUGCACGAACAGAUUCAUACAUAUCUGUCUCAGCUCAUUCCAUGUUUCUUCGACUUGAAAGAGCCCCCCUUGAUCACCUAUGGGGGUAAUGCAAUCAGGUGGACCCUGCAAGGUACGCCUUGGGCAGUCGAUGGCCAGAGUCCGGCUAAGUACAAUGGGCAACUGAUGCUGGCUGCACUCGUGAAUGCAAUGAUUGGGUUCAACUACCAUCUAUGCAGUGCCGCUGAUAUUACAAGUUAG